GACGAAGAAGGAGUCGGAGUGUAAAGCACAAGCUUGUCGCUUUUUUCAGUUAAAGGCCUUUUCAGGGAGGACUAAAUUCAUUAUAUUUUCUCACGGGCCAGAUGACACUUUAACACCAUUACGCCUCCUUCCUGAGAUGUAAGAGUGAGCCGGAAGAUUCCCAAGCUGAGUGAAGAGUCGUACUGGCGGAAACGAUACAUCUGACCCAAUAAAUGGUAUUUGGCGACCAUGUACAGCCUAAAUGUGAAUAUGAAUCCUAGCCCUUCGGCUGCCGCGGGUCUUCUUGGUGUCGCGGCGGCCGAGGUCACUCCAAGGACACCGGAAAUCGUAAACUCCCUUAUCGCCAUGACCAAUCCUUUCGAGGGUUACAAUCAUGAAAAAUGUAGAGAUCGCACCGACUCCACUAGCAGCGGCGAACCCAGUCCACCCAGUGUUCAACACACUUGUAGUCAGCUUAUUAAAGAAGGACUGAAGCUGACUCUUCAAACAAAGAGAAGGGCACAUAGUAGUGGUGACGAAAUAAAGAAAAGAGCGAAAAAGGAAGAGGGUAGUGCUGACGACGAAGAAGAGGACGAUUCGAGCCAUAGCAACCAUCCUGGAGGACUCACUCCGGAGGACGAAGAAAGACGUAGGAGAAGACGCGAGCGUAAUAAGAUCGCGGCGACGAAAUGCCGCCUAAAAAAGCGCGAGAAGACCGUCAUUCUUGUCCAGGAGUCUGAGAUCCUGGAAACUCAGAAUCACGAUUUGAAGACUCAGAUCCAGGAGUUGGAGACCCAGAGGCGCAGGCUCGUCGACAUGUUGAGUUUGCACACUCCCACGUGCUUAAAACAUGGUGGUUCCAAUGACACUUCCUAUCAACAAUACGCGGAGCCACUUCCGUUACCUAGUUAUCAGGAGAAUUUCGUGCCACCAGCUCUAAAUCAACCGCAGAACUGUGUCACGGAUUAUCCUGUCAAAGUGGAGAGUUACGAUGGCACGACGUCAGACUACUAUCGGCAAAGCAGUCCUUAUAUACCCACGUCCGAUUCUGGUUGCACGGUUUAGUUCCGACCCAGGAGAAAAAAUUCACGUGAAAUUUUCCGCGGAACACCGCGAAAGACUCCUCGUAGAUUAAGGAAUUCCACUGGAAAUUCGGCUGGCAAUUUUAAACAAUUCUUUUGAAAUUGCUCGUGGAUUUCCACGUGAAUUAAGAAAUCUAGAAUUAAGAAACGAGACAUAUUGAUAUAUGGAGUACUCAAAAUUUCAAAAUACCUUCCAUUUUUUGCAUAUCUUUUACGGUUUACGAGAUAUUUUUCAAUUGAAUAUUAUCUUUAAAGUUUUAUUCGGAUUUCUACGUGAAUUUUUUCACCUGGGGGCCGUGGUUUUGUGGAAUUGGAUGCUAAGUCAGUUUUUUAAGAAAAGACCCGCCGAUCCACUUCGAAAACGCAGAAGUCACGAUAUCUAGGCAUAGGAUACAGUAUUUAUUUCUAAAUCUAAACUCGUUUAGCUUUACCAACUCUAGGGAAAAGUUUCUCUGAAUAUUUAAAAAUUCCUUCCAAUCUUCUAAAAAAUCAAUACAAUUUUACUCGAAUUUUCAGAGUAGAAUACUGAAAACUUUCGAAAAAGAGAUAUUUUCUUUCUGAGCUUCCGAGGAAUGAAAAUAGAAUAUUCAAAUCAAAUUCAAGUGAAGACGUGAUAAUAAUAAUUGGAUAAGGACCACAGGUCUCGGACUCAUGCCAUUGUUGGCACUUUUUGUUAGCGAUGCAACUAUUAUGGAUUUUUAAAAAAAAAAAAUUUAUUCACUCUGCCUUUAAACAUAUUUUAAAUUUCCUU